ACCGAGUCGAAGCUUCACACCGGAGGUACCUACACGGUUCAGAAUCAAAGUUGGUUCCAGAGCUUUCGUACGCAGGCACUUUGACUAGGUAGUAAGUUUGAGCUACAAGCGGGCAGGCUGCAGGACAUGCUGAGGACAGGAGCUGCCAACUCCUGGUGGGGUUGUCCUUUGCCUUUCAGUCUGUCAAGAAAUGGACAUCCAAGACCGAGGUCCAGCGCCCUACCUCCGUGCGGAAGAUGGGGUCCUUUUGACAGCCCCUGAGGCCGAACGUCUUGUUGAUCAGCUCCAACCUUUUGACGUUGAUGAUGUGGGCAGCAUGGCAUGGCUGCAGCAGCACGAUGUGCUGGAGAAGCUCAACAUCCAAGCGCACCACAAUGCACUGGCUCAUGCGGACGAGUUUGUGAUGGCGGCCCUGGUGUCGUACGACAAGCUGGCGCUCCUGGUCCAUGAGCUGCUGGUCAUUGAGGUGUGGAAAGACCAGGUGUACCCGCUCAUUGCUGCGGAGCUGGCCCAGGGGGGGGGGUCCAUCAAUGUGUACUUGGUGCUGCACCACGAGGCCACGCUGGCCAACCUGCUGGAGGUGGCGCUGUUCCACCGCGAGGCAUGCGAGGCCGCGGGGGAGGACGCGCUGCUCGAGCUCGCGGAUUUCUGCCACCGCAAGAUGGUGUACCUCCACGCAGAGGGGCGCCAGGAUGCCAGCUUCAAGGAGCGCAGCGCGGCGGAGCUGUUGGCGCUGUCCCCUGCGCAGGAGCUGCAGGACAAGGCGGCCGCCAUCCGCUUUGGCGUGGCUCUCUGCUGCCUCACGCUGCUGCGCUACCUCACGGACUACCUGCCCCACCUCCCCCUCUGUGUCAUGGCCCGCCUGCUGACCACCCACGACUGCCUCAUGACGCUGGUCCCCCUCCUCCUGAGCCCCCCCUGGCAGCGCCGCCGCGUGCACCACGGCAGCAAGCUGGUGGAGGGGUACGUGGACGGGCGCUGGCAGGCCAUCCCCCCGGCGGACCGCGCCAAGCUGCAGCAGCCUGAUGCGCAGGCGUGGCUGGCGGUGACCAACCUGUUGGUGGAGCCGGGCUGCCGCGCCAAGUACCGCUUUGACGACUUCCGCCGCGACGUCGUCCUCAAGCUCAAGCCGCGCCUCACGCCCGCCCUGCACGACCAGCUGCCCGUCCUGCGGGACCUACACCGGGUGCUGGAGGAGCUCACUCUGAUGCAGACGCCCGCCACGGACGACAUGCGCGCCAGCCGGCUGAUCCUGGAGCAGGUGCCGGAGAUGCGCGAGCGGCUACUGCGUCGCACCGACUGGGCUAUUCUUGGCCGCGCCCAGCUUGGCACCGUCUUCCGAGACACACCGGAGACGCGGGCCGACACGCAGUCACGGAUGGCUGACAUGCUUGCCAUGUUCGAAUUUGAGGAAAUGCUCGAAGCACCCAAGUGUGCGAGUUGUGGAUCGGAUGCGGCGCAACGGUGCUCCAGUUGCAAAAGCGAUUGGUAUUGUGGACGAGAUUGUCAACUAAAUUGUUGGCCAACACACAAAGAACUUUGUGGAGUUUUGGUGAAAGGGGCAAAGUGACGCGUAAAGAGGAAUCAUAUCUGAUGGAGUCGUUGACUCUUCAUGUUCCGGGAAUCCUCUAGAUCCUCUAGAAUUAAAGGAUCCGAAUGAUCCGCUUCAAUCCUAUCGAGCAUGCCUAUCCCCGAAGCUAUCGAUUUUGCUAGCAAGAACGGAAUGUUGUGAGAUCGACAUGGACGUGUUGGGUGUUACAUAGUGCAUUUUUUGAAACAUCGGAACGACUUCUGAAAAACUUGCUACUUUCUUCUUGAAUAACAUUAGUAGAUUCUGUCUAAGUCCGUCUGAUCCGCCACAACGGCUGAGUGUUUGGUGGUUUACUUCGGUGCUCAGACGUGUCUUUAGCUAGCUAAUGUUGACGCCUAAUACAGUUGUUUCGACGAAUUUACAAGCUCAGAUAUGUUGCAGACUGAAGUCUCUGGUACCGAAAAGCCUUCAACCCGUCACUGGUUAUUUGGUCC